AUGCAAUGCACGGCUUGGGCCCAAAGAAGAGUGCAGAAGGUGAUUAGGAGCGCUGCUAGUCUCGCGGAGGGCGAUCCGUCGGGGUGGCCUUGGAUGCACCUUGGGAGUUGCGAAGCUCCAGCUGGCGGGCCUUCUGCGGUGGGGACGUUGGUUUUUUGGGGCGACGGCCCUGCGUUUUCUGACGUCUCGUCACGAGUUUUUGGGAAAAGCAAGCCAACCUUGGAAGUGCCGACACCGAGGAAACGUGCAGGAGCAGCAGCAGGUGGGAGGUGGGAGAUGGGAGCUGGCAGUGCUGGGUAUUAA